AUGCGUAAGACAGCGUUGAUCACGGGCAUCACAGGGCAGGAUGGCUCCUACCUGGCCGAGUUUCUCUUGGAGAAGGGCUACUGCGUCCACGGCAUCAUCCGGAGAUCAUCCUCUUUCAACACGGCGCGCAUUGACCACAUCUUCGACAAGGUGAACCUGCACUAUGGCGACCUUGUAGACUCCAGCAACCUCGCCUCAAUCAUGGCCAAGGUCAAGCCCGAUGAAGUCUACAAUUUGGCCGCGCAAUCCCACGUCAAGGUCUCCUUCGAGGAGCCAGAGUACACGGCACAAGCUGAUGGCGUGGGAACCCUGCGGCUGCUGGAGGCAAUUCGCACCGUGGGCCUGGAGAAAACUACCAGGUUCUACCAAGCAUCGACGUCGGAGCUCUACGGUAUGGUGCAGGAGGUGCCACAGAAAGAGACGACGCCCUUCUAUCCCCGAUCGCCCUACGCCGUGGCCAAGCUCUACGCCUACUGGAUUGUCGUGAACUACCGCGAGGCGUACGAGAUGUUCGCGGUGAACGGCAUCCUGUUUAACCACGAGUCACCUCGCCGAGGAGGUACUUUUGUGACGAAGAAGGUCACGGCCAACGUUGCCCAGGUCAUGGCAGGCACCCGAGACCGGAUCCUUUUGGGGAACCUGGACUCCAAGCGCGACUGGGGCCACGCCAAGGACUACGUCCGGAUGAUGUGGAUGAUGCUGCAGGUGGAGAAGCCCGACGACUUCGUGGUGGCCACCAACAAGCAAUACAGCGUUCGAGACCUGGUGACGCUGUGCUUCGAAAUGGUGGGCAGGCCGGUGAUCUGGCGGGGAACCGGCCUGGAGGAGGAGGGUGUGGAUGAGAAGAGUGGCCAGGUGCUGGUUCAGGUCUCUCCAAAGUAUUUCCGACCCACCGAAGUGGAAACGUUGCUUGGUGACCCGAAGAAGGCCAGCGAGAAGCUGGGAUGGCCCCUUGGUCGCUUAAGGGUGGAGUGUUUAGGGUUUAGGGUUAGGGUUUAG